UUGUUUUCUUCACUGUCUUGUCAUUUGCGCAUCUCAACCUUGGUGUGCAUUCACUACCGUUCUCUCUUUCCGUCCUCAAUCACCAAAUUAGGGUUUGUGCGGUUGGACAGCAAUUAAAUUGGAGUUUCAGCUAUUUUCAGUUUCCGGGAAAAGCAGAAGAAGAUGGUAGAGAAGAAACUUUACAAGACAAAGCUAUGUAUGUUAUAUCAAAGAGGCCGUUGCUCUCGCCAGUACUGUAACUUUGCCCAUGGCGAGGCCGAGCUCCGACGCUCCUUUAAUGAAUGGAUUAUGCUGCUUGCUUUAUCUUUGUGCACCUUUGGUGUUGUUUUCUCGGCCUCUUGGUUUAUCCUAAUCCUUGUUGAAACAGCUGUAUGGUUAGAGGGAGCAGAAAUAGGUUUCCAUGGUUUUUCUGCAGUUUGUAGAGAACGUGGUAUUUUCUUCAUCUGAUUUCUCUAUGAGUGACACUGCUAAGGGCCAUCCAAAUGCAUUAUUCCACUUUAUUCUGCAGUGUGUAUAUUCUUCAAGAAUGUGGUAUUUUCUUCGUGUUAUUCCUUCAUGAAAGAUACCGGGAAUGGAUCUCUUGGCUUUCUUGGCUGGGAACUAUAGACCAAUGAUGGCUAUAUAUUGCGGAAGAUAUAGUUAUUAAAUUCAUACAGACACGGGAAGAAAUCUGCACCGUUGCUUUAUAUUCUUAUCACACAAGGCUGAGGAUGUCUAUCUUUUGAGUUGAUUCCAUGAUUCUUCGAGGGAUUUUCUGUCUAAAAAAGCUCAUGGUAUAUCUUUAUCUAUCUUUAUACGAAGAGCCAAUAAUUCUAUGGCUCAUAUGGAAUCUGCACGAUGGCACACUAAAACUGUUCAUAAUUAUGUUACUCAUUUGUUCCCUUGAAUGGAAGGCAGGAGUAUCGGGGUGGUAGAGACUUGAGAGAAAGGCUUGAUAGAAUGCGUUCUCCCUUGCACAACUCACCAGGAAGAGGAGAUACCAAAGCAAGAUAUUCUUCUCACGUUGCAGGAGAUAGUCCUCGCUCUCCUGGGAAAAGGAUUGACAGAAAUAACAGGAAGAGAAAGCAGUUGGAUGGCCAUAGUGAUUAUUCUGGCAGAAUGUCAGAUGGGACUGAAGACCAAAUAAGAGAUAGAAGACAGACAUCCUCUGAUACCAAAAUGCGUAUUGAUGAGCAGCUGAGAGAAUUGCACUCUGAAAUUAAGAUGCUGGAGAGUGACAAGCGGCAGCUGGAGGUCUACCUGGAGGAUAAGGUUAAGGAAGCAGAUGCUUUAACUUUGAAAAUUCAUGAGCUUGAGAUGCAAGUUUCUAAAGAGAAAGAGGAGGGCAAGAGGUUUACUACAAAAAUUAAGAAGUUUAUAAAAGCACAUAAUCGUCACUUGCGGUUACAGGAUGAUCUGAAGAGAUCACAUGCUCAGCUUCUGAAGUUGGGUGAACAGCUGGAUUUAGAUGCUGCUGGACCAGGAAAUGCAGAUGAUCUGAAAAUCAACAACACAAGUGAUGAUAUAGUUGGUGGUUAUGCACUAAGCCCAUUGAAUGAGGAUCAUAUGAAUUCUUCUCCACACAGGAAAAGAUCACGAGUUACUUUAGAAGCUCGUGAUAUAUCAAAUAGAGUUAAUCCAGCUGGGGAAAGGGCUGAGAUUGGGAAAAUGAGAGUGGAAAAGCUUUCUCGACGAUCUGAAAAUCGUGAUCAAGUGAGCAAUAGCAGGAAACCUGAGGCAGAUCGUGAUGCAUAUAACGGGCGUGGUCCCUUGGCAUAUGAAGACAAGUCCAGGAGAGGAACAAACCUGCCUGCUGAUAUAGCGUCUGCUGACAAGUACAAGGUAUCUGAGACAGGCCUACUGCUGCCAUCAACUGGUAUAGCUGCUCAUGCAAUGGAUGAAGAUGUUGAAGUUGUGGAAACAGAAGAUAAGCUUCCAGCGGGUGUAGCUGCUUCUACUGGAGAUGAGACAGAAGUUACAUUGAAAGGCUCACGCUUACCGUUUCUGCCACCCCCACCCCCUCCUAUUCCCCAGGAUGUCUAUUUACAGUACAAAGGCGAUGACGAGAAUGUGGACGUUGAUGGAGUUGAUGAGGAGACAGUGGAAGUGGAUAUUGUUUGAUAUUAAUAUUUAUUUGGCAAUAUGCGGUAUGCAGAGCGAGUUUUGUAAGAUCUAGGGCUGCAGAUUUCCAAAGUGAUGUAUGCAAUUUAUAAGGGUUCUAUUCAUGAUCGUAAACUUAUAGGGAUUUUGUGCAUAUGUUUUCAGCGAGUGAGUUUUGUAAGAUCUAGGGCUGCAGAUUUCCAAAUUGAUGUAUGCAAUUUAUGUUCAUGAUCGUUAUACUUAACAGGGAUUUUGUGCAUA